UUCUUUAAUAAUAAUUCCCUUUGAGCUCUUCUUUCCAUUUUUAAUAUUUCAUACUCCUAUUUUAUAUAACACUUCUUCCAUGUUCCCAAGCCAAAAAUCUUGGAAAUCCUCACCCCAUCUCUCCUAAAACUCAUAUUUUCUCAUCUUUUUUUUUCACUCUCAUCCUGGAUUCUUCUCCCAAAGAAAAAAUGAGAUCCAAAAGCCAAAACCCCAUUAAUUAUAAGCUCAUUCUCAUUGGUUUUUUCUUAGUUUUUCUUCUCUUUUUAGUACUUAGAUCAACUUUUUCACCUUCUCCUCCUCAACAAACUCAAUCAUCAGCUGUAAUUCACCCUUCAAACUCAUCAGAAGAUCAAGAAAAUACUGAAGACAAACCCUCAAUAGCUUGUCCUUCAGUUCCUUUAACACAAACAUGCAACAAAAUUUCCCCAUCAUUAGCAAAUGCUUUAGUCCAUUAUGCAACUUCAAAUGUAACCCCACAACAAACAAUCAAAGAAAUCUCAGUUUCCUUAAGAGUUCUUGAAAAAAAAUCCCCUUGUAAUUUCUUAGUCUUUGGCUUAGGUCAUGACAGUUUAAUGUGGACAGCACUUAACCAUGGUGGCCGCACAGUUUUUCUUGAAGAAGACAAGUCAUGGAUAGAGCAAAUACAAAGCCAAUUACCAAAUCUUGAAUCACACCAUGUUGUUUAUGACACAAGAAUAACUCAAGCUGAUGAACUAAUGGAAAUUGGAAUGAGUAAUGAAGAUUGCAAGAAAGUAACAGAUCCAAGAUUUUCUAAAUGUCAACUUGCUUUAAAAGGGUUGCCAAAAGAAGUAUUGGAAAUUGAUUGGGAUUUAAUUAUGGUUGAUGCACCAACUGGUUGGCAUGAUGGUGCACCAGGUAGAAUGAGUGCAAUUUACACGGCUGGUUUGAUUGCCAGGAAUAAAGAAAAUGGUGAAACUGAUGUGUUUGUACAUGAUGUUGAUAGAGUUGUUGAAGAUCAAUUUUCAAAGGCUUUUCUGUGUGAAGGGUAUUUGGUAGAACAAGAAGGGAGGAUUAGGCAUUUCAAUAUUCCUAGUCAUAAGGCACGUUUGGGUAGACCUUUUUGUCCUUAAAAUUUAAGAGGUAUUUCAAGAUUUUAUUUUAUUUUCCCACUUUAUUAUAUUUUCCCUGAGAAUAACGUUUUUCCCCUUAUUGGUUGCUAAGGAGGGGAACUUUAGAACAAUGGUAUAGUUGUUUUCGUGUGUUCACGGGUUUGAACUGUGUAAAAAGCUACUAAUGUUUACAUUAGACUAGGCUAUUUACAUCGCACCCUCAGAGCUACGACCUUUCUCCGAAUUUUGCGUGAAUACAAAAUACUUUGUACAUUGGGCUGCCCUUCUACAUGUAUUUUCAUUUUUCUUGUUUGAUCUGCCUAUGGAUGUACAUUUGAGGGAUAUGUUUAAUUGGUUCUUUCUUUUGUUAU